AUGAAGGUGUUACAUGUCUUUCACCGAUUGAAUGAAUUCAAUCUCAAGAAAACAACCAACAACAAUGUCUCGAACCGCGCGCUACCAACCUUACGCUCGUCCUCCUACUGCAGAAUUAACUAUAGUCAAUAUCAAAAGGAAAAGAAGAAAAUUGCACAAGCAUCACUCACUCAGAUUGAUGAAAAUCCGCCUAUUCAAAAACCUAUUCAAAAACCUAUUCAAAAACCGACUCAAAAACCGACUCACAAACCUAUACAAAAACCGACUCAAAAACCGACUCAAAAACCUCAAACCCAAAAUGACAGCCCAUUGAUUCAAAGCAGCUUGGAAUACACUGAGGACGCAGUUGCGGAUGUCAAUGAUGAUGCAAAUAUCAAUGAAGAUGAAGAUGAAGACGAUGACGAUGAUGAUGUAGUUGUCAAUGAAGAAGAUGAUGACAAUCAGGAAUUGGUUUUCAAUGAAGAUGAAGAUGAUGAUGAUGAUGAUGAUGUAGGUGGAAAUGAAGAUAACGACUCUGAUAUGUACAACGAUCUCGAUCAGUUCAAUGCAAUUGAUAAAGGCAAAAACCGUGAAGUUAGUGAAGAAAAUGUUGAGCUUGAGAAGCCAACCAUGAGGUUGGUCGACAAUAUGACAUCAUUCAAGCUUAUUUCUUUCAAUAAAGUCUUUGAAGUGGCGAAUUUGAAUGAAGAGAACAAAAUUAUUGUUUGCAAGCUAUGUAACUUCACACAGGGUGACGACCAGUUCCAUGCGAUGGCGGCCACUGUACUAUCCCUACGUCAAGAUAUGAUGUCAAAUCACGAGAAGAUAUUCAAUAAGCUUGAAGAGAUCAAUGAGCGUAUUUCAACUACCCUGGCCUCUACUGUAGGCGGCUGGGACUGCAUCAUGGAUGGUGAUGUCCAAGCUUAUACUGCAACUCACAACAAAGAAGGUAAUGGAGACACCCUCCCAUUAAGCUUACAUGCAAAGUUGAUGAGCGCCAUCCUAUUCAAUCCUACCGAAUGGAAAAAUUGUCUUCUUCCAUCUGGAUAUGGAACCAAGCCCAAUCCCAAAGCGACAAAAGCAUUGCAGAAGACUUUGACCAACGUUUGCAAGCAGACCCGAAAAGAGUUCAAAAGCAUUCUUCUCACAAAGAUUCACCUCCCACAAAGAAAGAAAGCCACACCCUGCACUGGCAACAUUCCAGAUAUUGAUACUAUCAUCGUCAAACUUCAUGAGAAGGAAAAAAGUCAAAUUGGUGGCCAAGUGCAAGUUCGUGAGGAAAUCAUAAAAACCGCGGAGCACCUUUGA